AUGGACACUCCCAUUGAUACUGUCAAGGAAGCAAAGAGACAUACGCACACCUACAGCUUCUUCCGAGAGCCGUUGACCGCAUUAGAGGGUUUGAGUUCGUUAAUGACCGCUUUCUGCUUGAAGAGUUUCACGGAUGAUUAUGGGAAUAUCUUGACUUUGUUGGAAACCGUGGUUGACACUCCUGCUUUGCAAACCUUGAUGCAAUUCUAUGAUUCUGAAAUGAGGUGUUUUACGUUCCAGGAUUACCAAUUGGCUCCGACAUUGGAAGAGUACUCUAUCAUUCUUAAUCUCAAGGUAAAAGACGAAGUGCCAUUCAUCGAUGUUCCAAAAGAGGUGAAUUUCAAGUCGAUCGCUGCUACUCUUUAUUUAAGCAUAAAAGAAGUAUCUGAUAAUUGGAAGUCGAAUGGAGGUGUCUCGGGGUUCUCUUUGAAGUGCUUGGUGAGAAAAGCUAAAGAGGAAUUUGAGAAAAAGAAUUGGAACGCGUACAAUGCAUUGCUUGCUGUGGCUAUUUACAGGAUUGUGAUGUUCCCAAAUGUUCCCAAUUUUGUAGACUCGGCCGCAGUACACAUCUUCAUGGGAAAGAAUCCUGUUCCUACAUUGUUGGCCGAUACUUAUUAUGCCGUUCAUUCCCGAUAUGAGAAACGUGGCGGUGCCAUCACUUGUUGCCUUCAGUUGUUGUUCAUCUGGUUCCUCUCUUUGUUGCCCAGCAAAUGA